AUGGCUGCCCCGCGAGGACCCAGUUCCAAACUUUUCCAGCCCCUCGAAAUUGCAAAUGGGAAGAUCAAACUCAAGCACCGGGUGGUUCAUGCACCCUUGACCAGGAACAGAGGAGUCCCCUUGCACGCAACCAGCACGCCGGAAAAUCCCAAUCGUAUCUGGUAUCCAGGCGACCUGAUCGUCGAGUAUUACCGCCAGCGCGCGACUGAUGGCGGUCUCAUAAUAUCAGAGGGCAUUCCGCCCUCACUGGAGAGCAAUGGAAUGCCAGGAGUGCCCGGGCUCUUUACCGAAGAACAAGCUGCUGGCUGGAAGAAGGUGGUGGAUGCUGUGCACGAGAAAGGCGGCUACAUCUACUGCCAGCUGUGGCAUGCUGGGCGAGCCACCAUUCCCCAGAUGACGGGUUCCCCUCCGGUGUCAGCGUCCGCCAGUGUCUGGGACUCGCCCGAUGAAUGUUACUCUCAUAUCCCCGUGGGCGCGACGGAACCUGUUCGCUACGCAGACCACCCUCCCAUCGAGCUCUCGGUGCCACAUAUCAAACGAACCAUCCAGGAUUACUGCAACGCUGCAGAGACGGCGAUGAAGAUCGGCUUUGACGGCGUGGAGCUCCAUGCAGGAAACGGCUAUUUGCCCGAGCAGUUUCUGAGCUCCAAUAUCAACAAGAGAACCGACGACUAUGGCGGUUCGCCCGAGAAGAGAUGCCGGUUUGUCCUCGAGCUGAUGGACGAACUGGCCAAGAGAAUCGGCGAAGAGAAUCUUGCUAUUCGUUUGUCUCCAUUUGGUCUCUUUAAUCAGGCCCGCAGCGAGCAGCGAGUGGAAACGUGGACUCAUCUUUGCAAAUGUCUAAAGCAGCAGCAUCCGUCUUUAUCAUAUGUCAGUUUUAUUGAACCGCGCUAUGAGCAAAUCUUCAGCUACGAAGAGAAGGACCGUUUCCUCCAGAGCUGGGGCCUUGCCGACGUCACCCUCGACGGAUUCCGCCAAAUAUUCGGCUCCACGCCAUUCUUCUCAGCGGGAGGUUGGGACGACACGAACUCGUGGGGCGUGCUCGAGUCGGGCAAAUACGAUGCAUUGCUCUAUGGUCGGUAUUUCAUCAGCAACCCGGACCUGGUGGAGCGAUUGAAAAACGGCCUGCCACUCGCGCCGUACGAUCGCAGCCGGUUUUACGGUCCGUUCGAGGACAAUGCCAUUGGCUAUACGGACUAUCCGACUGCGAAAGAGCAGGGUCUUGAUGAUCGGAAAAGAUGGCAAGACUGA